UGUGCUUCGGGCUUGCCCCGUUGAGAGUUCCUGGCCUGACAUCGUCAUCUUCCGUCAUGAGCGGGACGCUGAAGGCCCCGGGUCUCUGACUGCGCCUCUGGAGCCCGGGAAGCCCCACCAUGGCCGCGGUGGCAGCUCCGGCGGCCCCCGGGGCCGGAGGAGCUGGAGCCGGGAGCCCGAGCCCGCCGCCGGCGGCGUCCGCUCGUAGGGACUUCUACUGGUUGCGCUCCUUCGUGGCUGGAGGUAUCGCAGGAUGUUGUGCCAAAACAACCAUUGCACCUUUGGAUCGAGUGAAGAUACUAUUACAGGCACAUAAUCACCAUUACAAACAUUUAGGAGUAUUUUCUACCUUGUGUGCUGUCCCUAAAAAAGAAGGGUAUCUUGGAUUGUAUAAAGGAAAUGGAGCAAUGAUGAUUAGAAUCUUCCCAUAUGGUGCAAUUCAAUUUAUGUCCUUUGACCAUUACAAAAAGUUAAUUACCACUAAACUUGGGAUUUCUGGACAUGUACAUCGGCUAAUGGCUGGCUCCAUGGCAGGCAUGACAGCAGUCAUUUGUACUUACCCACUUGACAUGGUUAGAGUUCGCCUGGCAUUCCAGGUGAAAGGAGAACACACAUACACAGGAAUUGUUCAUGCAUUCAAGACAAUUUAUGCAAAGGAAGGUGGUUUUCGUGGGUUUUACAGAGGACUGAUGCCUACUAUUAUAGGAAUGGCUCCCUAUGCAGGAGUUUCAUUUUUUACUUUUGGUACCUUAAAGAGCAUUGGUCUCUCUCAUGCUCCUACCUUGCUUGGAAGACCUUCAUCAGACAACCCUAAUGUCUUAGUUUUGAAAACACACAUUAACUUGCUUUGUGGUGGCAUUGCUGGAGCAAUAGCACAGACAAUAUCUUAUCCACUUGAUGUAACUCGUCGUCGAAUGCAAUUAGGGACUGUUCUCCCAGAUUCUGAAAAGUGCCUUACAAUGUUGAAGACACUGAAGUAUAUCUAUGGACACCAUGGAAUUCGCAGAGGACUGUAUCGGGGCCUGUCUCUGAACUAUAUUCGCUGCAUUCCCUCACAAGCGGUGGCGUUUACAACCUACGAACUCAUGAAGCAAUUUUUGCACCUGAACUAAAGUCUUGUAUUUCUGUAAGAUUGUCCAGGGAUGCACGCCUGUGUGUGUACAUACACACAUGCAUAUGCACGCACACACGCAUGUGCACACAUAUACACACACACACUGUUAUAUUUACGUUGGGGAGGGGAAGGGAAUUAAUGGAAGUGGAAAGUUACUCUUGUCAUGUCAAUCCCUGGUACUUGACUACUUGAUUUUUUUUUUUUAAGCCAAAAACCAGAAGUGCUUCCUCUAGUUUUUUGAUGCCAUAAUUUGUGGUUUCUUGAUAUGAAACACAUCUUUAGGCUGACUCUGGGUGUUUUAUUAAGUUAACCAAUUUCAUUAAAAUAAAUAAAGGGUCCGAGAGAAACUGGCGAAAGAUACAUUGGUGUCUAUUCACAGUUUUCUGAGCUUUAUCAUGUUCUUCCAAGCUUUUUUUAAUCAUGGCAUGAGAAAUCCCAGGCUUAUGCCAGAUUUAAUUAAAAAUUAUGCUGGAUUUUUAAAUGAACUGGGUUCAUUUUGAUUUUUAAUUGGAUUUAGUAAUUUGUGAUCAUUGUAGCAAGAAUUUAUGCUGAAAUUUUAUCUUGCUCAGUUAGGACAAGCUAGCACUGAAAGGGUGAUAUUUUGGUGGUGGCAGGGGUGGAGGUGGUAGUGACUGUUAUCUUGUCUAAAUCAAUACAAUGAACCAUGGGUUAAAAAUGUCAUUUUAAAAUAAAAUUUUGAAUGUGACAUAAAUGGUGACACAAUGAUUCAGAAACUAAGUAAACUUACUUGCAGAUGUUAUAGUUAUAGUUAUAAUGAUUCAGAAACUAAGUAAACUUACUUGCAGAUGUUAUAGUUAAAAAACAUUAUUCCUUGACACUAUGGUAUAUUUUACAUACAUUUUUUAAAAAGACAGUCCACUCCUGAAGGACAAUUAUAACAAAUGUGAGUAAACCUACUAUUCUCAAAAAACAGUUCAACCCUAAGAGAGAUUGUAUGUGUUAUGGUUUCUUUUGCACAUGAUACACAGGUAGAUUGAAAGCAUUCUUGUUAUUGUUGAUGUAGUGAUCAAAGGGUGAUUACUGUGUUUGUAUAUACAGUAAUAGAUUAUGUGCAUUAAUAUAUUACUGGAUCAAAAUGUUCUUCCAUGAAACAGACUCUUCCUCUCUUGCAAAUUUAUUUAAUGGAGAAAUUGAAUAAAUUUCUAGUAGUCUCCUGUUUAAAAACAAGCAAGUUAAAAAUGCAAGAUUUUCAUUCUUUGUAGCCACUUGUUUUAGGGUCAUUUUUAUUUAUUAUUGUAAAUAUUAUUUUAGAGGUCACGAUGUGUAGAAUCAUUACCAUGAGGUAAGUCAUUAGAAAAUUAGUUGAAAUUAUUGUGUGCUUCCAUAUUUGUUUUGGGAUAAGAUAAUAAGCAUUUCUGUCAUUGCCUUUGUCAAUUAAUUAGUUUUAGGGAAAAAUCAGAUGAAUAGAGUUUAUUUUCUUUUGACUAAUCAGGUAAAUAUUUGAUUUGAUUUAUAAACCUCUCAGUUGAUGGAACUGCAUGUGCUCCUAGAGCUAUGUUAUAUGUUUCUUCUUCUGGGUUAUGCUAGAGCUAAGUAUUGUCAGGCCACCUGGAAGUAAUUUAAAUCGAUAAAUCCAUUAUCUUCUGUUGUCCCCUGAAAGGGAACUACAGAUGUUUGACUGAGGGAAAACUUGCAUUCUGUGCCAUUUAUAGAAUACAUGCGGAAAUUUAAUAAUAAAGACAUUUUAGUCAUGUUUUGAAAUAUAUUUCCUCCUUUUAUACAUCAUAAGUUCCAUUUACUACAAUAGAGGCCUUCAUGUGUGGUAAUCACAGAAGAAAGCCGGAAUCGAAGAGCUGUCACCCUCCCUUUUGCUAAAGUUGUAUUACUUUAAUUGGGUCUUAAAAGAAUAUUAAAAAGUA